AUGAAUAAAUAGGCAAGUAAACCUACUAAUCAAUCUACUAAAAUUCCAAUUCCCAUAUAAAAAUAAAAGAGUAAUGAUAUUGAGGAGUUACAAACCACAAUUAAAGAAGCCAAUCUACCAAAUCAUGUUAGAGAAAUUGUGGAAUAAGAAAUGUAAAAAAUAGAAAAAGGUUCUCUGGGAGUAGAUUCAAAUGUUACUAGGAAUUACGUUGAUCUUAUACUUCAAUUAACAUGGAAUUAAUAAAUGGAAAAAACCUUGAAAGAAAGGAAAUAGCUGAUUCCAAUGCUUAGGAUAGAUGAUAUGUUUAUUUAGACCUCCUGGUUUUGGUAAAACUUCGCUUGGUCAAAGUAUUGUAAAUCUCUAAAUCGUCCCAUUUAUAGAGUUGCCUUGGGCGGAGGAUCCGAUGAAGCACAAAUCAGAGGACACAGACAAUCCUUUAUUUUAGGCUAUCAAAACGUGAGGUACACGAAUCCAGUAAUUUUAUUGGAUGAGAUUAAUAAUAGACUUGAUCCUAGUUCUGCGUUAUUGGAAUCAUUUUAUGGAAAAUUAUUUGAAUACCGAAUUUCAUUUAAGCCUUGCAUUAUUAUAGCAACUGCCAAUUAAUUAGAAACUAUUCAACCAACAUUAAGGGAUCGUUCAGAAUUAAUAGAAAUUGUCGGUUAUACAGUAAAAGAGAAGGUAGCUAUUGCUAAUAACUAUCUGAUACCUAAAUAACUGUAAAAAAAUGGACCUGUAAACGAAUAAGUUACUAUACCUUAGGAAUUAUUCCUUCAAUCAUAAAAUAGCACAAGAGUGAGGCAGGUGUCAAAUAAUUGGAAAGAAAAUAUUUCUCUCAAAUUUAUAACAGAUUAAUAAAAUUUCAAAACAAUCGUUAUAGAUUAAGAAGGUUUAAUAGAAAUCUUAGGUCCAUCAAUCCAUUUAGAUAAGCAUACAACUCCUUUGACAACUAUUCCUGGCGUAUGUAAAGGAUUGGCAUGGACUCCUACAGGAGGGAAAGUGUUAAUGAUUGAAUCAGUGAAAAUGGAAGGCAAAGAAAAAUUUGAGAUUACUGGUAUGUUAGGAGAUGUAAUGAAGGAGAGUGUAAGAACAGCAAUUGGAUGGAUUAAAGCAUAUUGGCCAUAAAUUAAAAUGAUAAGCAAAUCAACCACACAUGUUAAUUUAGAUGCUCUUGAUAUUCAUAUUCAUUUUCCUGCUGGUGCAACACCAAAAGAUGGACCAUUAGUAGGAGUAGCCAUCACUACUGUGAUAGUGAAAAGUGAUAUUGCAAUGGCUGGUGAAAUUACAUUGACAGAGAGAGUGUUACCAGUUGGGGGUAUAAAGGAGAAAAUUCUUGGAGGUUUUGAGAGUGGAAUAUUUAGUGUCAUAAUCCCACAUAGGAAUAAGGCAAAUUUGAGUGAUGUGGAUGUUGAAAUAAGAGAGAAGAUGUCUAUUUAUUUGGUGAAGACUAUAGAAUAGGGUCUUCAAAUAGCUUUGGAAUGCAAUGGCACCAAUUUCAAAAUGGUUAAUUUGGCUAAUUUGUGA